GAGGACAGGCAGGAGGCAAUGAAGUUGAGGAGGAAAGCAUCCCGGUAUACACUUGUUGAUGGGGUUCUCUAUAAGCGAUCUUUCUCCCUACCUCUUCUACGGUGCUUGAAUCCCUAUGAAGCAGAAUAUGCACUCAGGGAGGUACAUGAAGGUGUCUGCGGAAGUCACGUAGGUGCCCGAACUUUGGCUCAUAAAGUCCUUAGACAGGGUUAUUAUUGGCCAAACAUGUACAAGGAUGCCACUCUCUUUGUUCAGAGAUGUUCGAAAUGCCAGUUCUUUGCGCACCUGACUCACCAGCCUGCAGAAGAGCUCACUACUCUGGUAGCACCAUGGCCAUUUGCUCAGUGGGGGUUGGAUCUUCUGGGACCAUUCAUAAAAGGGGUUGGUGGUGUAACCCACUUAAUUGUUGGUGUAGAUUAUUUCACAAAGUGGGUUGAAGCUCGGCCGUUAUCCAGUCUUACUUCUAAGAAGGUCGAAGACUUUGUUUUCAGCUCAAUUAUCUGUAGAUAUGGGAUCCCGAAUCAGAUUGUGGCUGAUAAUGGAACUCAAUUUAACUGCACCUCUUUUCGAGAUUUCUGUUUCAGCUACGGAAUUAAACUGCAGUUCACCUCGGUUUACCAUCCAGAGUCCAAUGGCAUGGUCGAAUCUGUUAACAAGUGCAUCUUAGAAGGUAUAAAGCCGAGGCUGGAACAACACAAGGCCAAAUGGGCAGACGAGCUCAACAACGUCCUCUGGGCGUACAGAACUACGAGUCGAACUGCCACAGGUGAAACACCAUAUCAUCUGGCCUUUGGUACCGAAGCAGUCAUUCCUAUCGAGAUAGGAGUUCCAAGCUUCAGAGUCACCCAUUUCGAUGAAGGACGGAAUGGACAACUGCUUCGGGGGAACCUUGAUAUGCUUGAUGACCUCAGAGAAGAAGCACGACUUCGAACUCUAGUCUACAAGCAGAAAAUAGCAAACUUCUACAAUAAACGAGUUCGACCUCGAUCAUUCAAAGUAGGAGACCUUGUUCUCAGGAAAGCUGGUCUAACGGGGUUCGAAACUAGAUUCGGCAAAUUAGCACCAAACUGGGAAGGCCCCUACACUGUCGCCGAAGUGCCGCACCCAGGAGCUUAUAUCCUACGGGACACUGACGGAAAAAGGGUUCCUAGAGUCUGGAAUGUCAAUAAUUUGAAAAAAUUUUAUCCUUAAUGCAUCUUUUUCCAGAAAACUUUGUUAUUCCUUUAUAUUGUUAAUGAACUUCACUUCACAUUCGAAGUGAUUCAGUCCUAUCAUUAUGACUUAUUCAGUCACUUCAUUUGUUGGGUUAUGAUUUUAUCACACUUACAGUGAUUUACUCAUUUCUGUAUUUGAAGUCCGCCUAUUCUAUAUCCAAGGUCAGAGAUCAGAACAUUGUGUUAAAUAAAGUUACUCUAUUUUA